AUGGAUGAGGAACCCGAACGGACCAAGCGCUGGGAAGGCGGCUACGAGCGAACCUGGGAAAUCCUUAAAGAGGAUGAAUCCGGAUCGCUGAAAGCCACCAUCGAGGACAUUCUUUUCAGGGCAAAGAGGAAAAGGUUCUAUGGACACCAUGGACAAGUUCGACUUGGAAUGAUGCGUCACCUUUACAUUAUUGUUGAUGGAUCAAGAACUAUGGAGGACCAAGAUUUAAAACCAAACAGACUUACUUGCACAUUGAAGUUACUGGAAUAUUUUGUUGAAGAAUACUUUGACCAAAAUCCUAUUAGUCAGAUUGGUUUAAUUGUAACCAAGAGUAAAAGAGCUGAAAAAGUGACAGAACUUUCAGGUAACUUAAAAAACCACAUAGCUGCGCUGAAGAAAGCAGUGGAUAUGGCCUGCACUGGAGAGCCAUCUCUAUAUAAUGCUCUGAAUUUGGCCAUGCAGACUUUAAAGCACAUGCCAGGACAUACAAGCAGAGAGGUUUUGGUAGUCUUCAGCAGUCUGACGACAUGUGAUCCAGCCAACAUCUAUGAUCUAAUAAAGAAUUUAAAAGCAGUUAAGAUCAGAGUGUCUGUCAUCGGCUUAAGUGCUGAAGUUCGGGUUUGUACAGUGCUUGCCCGAGAAACUGGUGGAACAUACCAUGUUAUUUUAGAUGAAAGUCAUUAUAAGGAGCUGCUGAUGCAUCAUGUUAGUCCUCUACCCGCCAGUUCAAGUUCCGAGUGCUCCCUUAUUCGAAUGGGUUUUCCUCAGCAUGCUAUUGCUUCUGUAUCUGAUCAAGGUGCAAAACCAUCCUUUAGCAUGGCGUAA